UGUAUUGGACAGACACAUUUUCAUAUAGCUGUCUGUGAGAACGAGAAGCGCCUACGGUUGGAUUGUAAACACAUUUGAUCACGUAUAGCUCUAUGAUGGUAAUAAUUACCUAGCUCCACAAUGGAAACGGUGGUGUUAAUUGCUCCAAUCACAGCAUUGGAAUUUUUCUUGGAGGAUUACCUACUGAAAGGCGAGGGUCCAAUCUUGACAGUUUUCAGCCUCCGGUCGCGCACUAGAGCCUCAGCCUCGAUUGCUGUUCUUCAGCACUAUCGGAUUCAUGGUGUCCGCCCCAAAUAUAAGCACAAACAACCACAACAGAACCAUGAGGCAGAGAAAGAAGAAGGAGGAAGCUCCGCCACAGAGCCCGACCUCUAUGACUUGGCGGUGUUUGGAGGUAAGGGUGUGCGGUUGGUGCGUCUCAUCACCCAGCUCCACGGUGGGGAGCCGGUGCGCCUGGAGGCCCACGGCCCCCUCAUAGAGCUCCGAGACUGGAUCCUGGACCUCUGCUGGCUGACUCAGGACGGACGCGCCCUCCUCGGCGUGGCUCUGGCCCAUAACAGCGUUCUUCUCCUGGACCCUCACGAAGGGAUCCCCCUCGCUCGCUGCGGCUGCCUGGAUGGAUGUCUGCUGUACUCUGCCCUGCUGCUGGUGGAGCAAUCCUGGAACGACUCCGUCCUGGUCGGGGGGACAGUCUUCAACCAGUUGGUUCUUUGGAGACCCAACAGAAGGGCAGAGGAAGCGGUGGUGGUCGGGGAGGAAGGGGGUGACCCUGAACGCAAAGCCCCCGUGGAGAGGCGCUUGCUGGGGCACGGCGGCGUCAUCUUCAGCAUCUGCUACCUCCGGGCGAAAGGCUGGCUGGCCUCGGCCUCCGACGACCGCAGCGUGAGGGUGUGGGGCGUCGGGGCUCUGGGGGGCCCUGGUCCCACGUGCGGGGACCCGGACCCCACGUGCCUCGUGGUCCUGUACGGACACCAGGCCCGGGUGUUCUCCGUGCACCUCUCCCCCGGGAAGGUGUACAGCGCCGGGGAGGAUGGGUGCUGCCUGGUCUGGGACUGGUCCCGCGGCGGCGGGGGGAAGGUGGCCCAGACCUUGAAGGGCCAUCGGGCCGGCGGGAUCCGAGCGCUCGCCGUGAGCCAGGGAAGGGAGGAGGACGGCACCAGAGCGAGGUGGGUGGCCACCGGGGGCGCGGAUGGAGGAGUGAGGCUGUGGCGGGUGGAGGAGACAAAAGUGGAGGAGGAAGACGACGAGGAGGAAGAGAAGGAGGAGGUGGGGAUGGCUGCCACAGCGGCCCUGACGGACUUGAAGUUCUCUGGACGAGGUACGCCCAAGGGGGUGUGCGUGGUAGAGGACGGAACCGCAAAUUGGGCCCGGAGUAAAAUCUUGGCAUGCACUGACCAGGGGGCAGUGUACCAGGGCUGCUGCGCGGCCGCCGGACAGUGGGACUUACUGUGGCAGGGGGAUCGGGCGUACCAGUCCUACUGCGUGAUGGAGGUCCUAACCGUCACGGUGAAGGGUACCACCCCACGUAAAGCUCACCUAUGUGCGGUGGGGAACCUCAGCGGCGGGAUCCACGUCUUCGACAUGUCCCGUCCGCAGUGCGGACUGUCUCUCAGAGGAGGGGACGGGAAGAUCCACAGCCUCGUUUGGGUCGAGGGACACGCGCCCCACGCGGGGUACCUGCUAGCGUCGGGUUCCCACGGCCUGGUCCACCGCUGGCGCGUGGAGGCACGGCCGGACGGAGACUCGGGCUCGGUUCUGAUCGCCGAGCCUCGCCCGCCGUUUGCUCUGCCCCCCUGUGCCAAGCGGUGGUUAACCAGCGCGGUGCGCCUCCGCAAAAGUCCACCGGGGGCGCUGUGGGUGUGUGGGGACCGGAGAGGAUCCCUGCUGCUGUUUCAGGAAGGUAGCAGACCACGAGGAGGAGUGGGGGUAGACGAGGAGAGGGAAGAUCCAGAGGAAACAAACUGUUGUGAUGAAGAAGGGAAGGAGUGGUCGGAUGGCGGCGGGAAGAAACCCGCAGGAAAGGGUGACCCGGCCCUCCAGCCUCUGAGCUGUCUGUUUGGGGUGCACGGGAAACAGGGGGUGACCUCCGUCUGCGAGCACCGGGGCCUCUUGUACAGCGCCGGGCGGGACGGCUGUGUGCGGGUCUUCAGGGUUCCCCCCGCCACACCGCAGUGGGUCCUCCCGGGGGACCGCCGACCCAGCGCUGGGGAGAUCGUGGAGCCCGACGGCGGGCCUCAGCUGGAGGUUCUGAGGGUCCAGCGGGCCUGUAAGGGCAUGGAGUGGCUGGAGAGGGUUCUGAUCCUCGCACCUCCUGAACACUCGACGGCCGAACCGCUCGGGGACGAGGAGGAGGAGGAGGAGGAAGAGGGAGGAGGAGUAGAAAAGGAAGGAUGGCGUCACGAGCAGGCCGCGGAAACUAAAGCAGAACAGGAACUUACAGGCAGAGGAAAAAAGGGAUGGCACGACGGUCGAGAGUGCCGCUUUGUCGUCGCCGGGUUUCAAGCGGUCAACUUCGUGGUGUGGGAUCCCGUGAGGCAGGAGAGGCUGCUGACGGUGCCUUGCGGCGGCGGCCAUCGCUCCUGGGUUCUCUGGCCCCCCUGCAAGAGCUUGUGGCCGGGCUACGGCGCCCUGGUCUUCAUCAAGCAUGGGGCCGUGGUAGCCACGCAGCCCCCCAGAGAGGCCUCGACCUCGGCCGGGGUGGCCGGCAAGACCGGGGCUUGCGGCCUCAGAGAGGGCGUUCAUGGGAAGGGCAUCGGGUGCGUCUGUAGGCUGGGGAGGGUAGGGGGUACCGGGGACGGGUCUCAAACUACUCAGGGCAUGGGGUCGGAUGAAGGACACUGGGAGGUCCUUGUGACCGGAGGGGAGGACACUAGUUUGACCGUCCUGGCCGUCCAGCCGAGCUCUGGAACGGUCCAAGUGUUGUCCGUCAUCACCGACCACAUCUCCAACAUCCGCACUCUGGUGGCUGUCAUGGACCCAGCGUGCGCGAGGCCCGGAAAACACUCGCUCUCCGCCCUGCUUGUGUCCGCAGGUGGUCGGGCUCAAAUGCAGUGUUACAGGCUGCUGAUUGGAUGGGACGAAAAGAGGCGGGAGCCUUAUUGUCAGGUGAUUCAGGUGGCCAGUCACCGAUUGGACGAGCAGUGGGAGAAGAGGCGGAACCGACACAAGACGGUGAAAGCAGACCCAGAGACGAGAUACAUGUCUAUAGCAGUGGUUAACAGCGACACCGCGACAGCUGUAGUGGCGCUAGCCUGCAGCGAUGGAGCAAUCAGAUUGUUCUCAAUCAGCGAGGUCAAAGGUCAAUUUGAUUUGUUAUGGGAGAGUUUCUACCACCAGCGCUGUGUGCUCAGUGUCGCCCCCUGCUUUCUGGCAGACGCUACAGGCAACAGAUACAGACUUCUUCUUAGUGCAGCAACUGAUGGCAGAAUUGCAUUGUGGGACUUUACCCCAACCUCAUUACUGGCGGGAAAUUUGAAUUCGAAAUCGGGCACAUCCGCUCGGCCCAGCCCGUGCCUCACCUUUCCCGCCCACCAGAGCGGAGUCAACUCACUGGCGGUGUGGCAGGAGAGAACAGAGGACGGUUGCCUGGUAACCGUCGCCAGCGGAGGCGACGACGGACAGCUGACCCUGUCUGUGGUUCAGGUGCGGUACCCCGAGGUGCAGACAGGUGGCGGCAGAGUACUUUCACAAGAGCACCACCACCACCACCACCACCACCACCAGCAGCUCCUCCUCUCCCAGGCCGACCUCACCCUCCUCUCUCAGUCCCGCGUCUCGCUGGCCCACUCCGCCCCGGUCACCGCGCUGAGCCUCCUCUGCCCGGGCUUCCUCGUGUCCACCUCCCCGGACCAGAGGGUGCGUCUCUGGAGGGUGUGCAGUACCGGCCUCCGCCCCACGGGGGCGCUGUACUCCCACGUGGCGGACGCGGCCGGCCUGGCUGCGUGGGGGGGGGAGCGGGGUCCGGGUGAGGGGGACGAGGGGUGGGUGAAGGCCGAUCCUGGACGGAGGGAGGCCAGGGAGUUACGGGCCAGGCGGAGGCCUGUUCCGCGCAUGCCCCGCCUACCCCCGCUGCGUCCAAUCACCAGCCUCAGCUUCACGCGCAGCUUUACCUUCUCCUUUUUCGAGCUGCCGGUCCACCAGACGGCCAGCUGUCGCGCCGAGCGGGUCCGCCACGUCAUGCUCCUGCUGAGGCAGAUGCAGUACUGA